CCUCUGAGGACCUAGAGAUGUGCACACUGACCGCAGGCUAAACAGAUAACAGCACUAAAGUUGUUGUGUUUUUUUUUCUUCAUCUUCUUUGGCUUGGCCACGACAGCGUUUUACAUGCAGCAAGUUCUUCUUUUUUUUUCUACCGUUAUAAAGUUUGAGCGCAGAGUUUCCCAUGAGCACACGCUGGGACUGUAACGAUGAUAAAACAACACGAACUGCGUUAUUAUAUAACAGGCUUUUACUGUGCGUGGUCGUUUUGUGUCUGCAAGGCUCAAUAGUGAGUUUUUCGGCGACUUUUAUUUUGAAAUAUUGACUUUUUAUAUAACAUUUAUUGAAAUUGCCUCCUCAUUGGGGUUCACAGUGCGCGUUAGCGUGCUUUAAAAGUGCAUUACAGAGCUUAUUCUUUAACUCAGGAGUCAAAUAUUUCAAGUGUCACUCGUUGUUGCAGCUGUUUGCCUCCAUACAUGACUUCAGACCGACUCUCGCUGUCCAAACCCUCCGCCUUUUGCAACUGUCCUCCAUGCGGAACCCAUAAUUGGAGACCUCACUGUGCCAUCCACUCAGCGCGCGCUCUCACCCGGAGCAGUAAUGAUGCAGCAGCACGAGCGCCUGCUCAAAGUCUUGGUCAUCGGCGACCUCGGGGUCGGUAAAACGUCCGUAAUAAAGCGCUACGUGCACCAGGUCUUCUCCCAGCAUUACCGGGCCACCAUCGGAGUGGACUUCGCCCUCAAAGUGCUCAACUGGGAUCACAAGACGGUGGUGAGACUGCAGCUGUGGGACAUCGCCGGGCAGGAACGCUAUGGCAACAUGACCCGUGUGUAUUACAGAGAGGCGGUAGGGGCCCUCGUCGUCUUCGACAUGACCAGACUGUCCACGUUUCAGGCCGUCCUCAAGUGGAAGGGAGACCUGGACUCAAAGGUCGCCCUUAGCAACGGGAGGUCUGUUCCAGUCGUGCUAUUGGCCAACAAGUGUGACCAGCGGCGUCACGGUUUGUGCCCCAAGCUGCCCAAACUGGAGAACUUCUCCAGAGAGUACGGAUUCGUCGGCUGGUACGAAACCUCCGCCAAGGACAACACCAACAUUGACGCCGCCAUCACGUGCUUGGUAAAGAACAUCAUGUCCAUGGAGGAGGAGAGAGCCUUGAGUGAUGCAACAGCCUCCACCGCCAAAACCGAAGCGGAAGGCAGCGUUCUGGUUCUGCCUCGCUUCGACUACAACGUGAAGGAGAAGGGACUCGGCGGGUGUUCAGGGUGUUCCUCACUUAAACCCAGAGACAGAGACAACGACUGAUUGAUGUUUCUGAACCAAGAGACUGGAAGGAGACUGAGAGGAGGGAGGAGAUUACUUUGUUGAAUGAUGAAUAUGUUCUAACUUAAAGCUGCAUCCCCUUCCUCCGUCCAUUUGUUCUCACAAACAAAUUUCAUCUGAGACGUUAGAAGAAACUGUUAAACAGUUUUUUAUUUGAUAAAAUAAUUGUUUUAUUUUUGCAAUCGAAAUUUAGUUAAAAGUUAGUUCCAUUAUUAUUAUAAAUACAUUAUGGCUUUGACUCAUGUUUUUAUGAACAUUUUGAAGGAUUUUGUCUACAAUACGGCAACACUUUACAAGCUUGAGACACGUGAGUUUUAAUAUCUUCUUUUAUUAAAGGAUUCAAUCCUUUUACUUGUGAAAGACUGAAAGUAAUUAUACAAUUGUUUUAUAUUCAUAAAAGUGCACUUUUAAUCAUAUCUUCUCUAUAUCUUGUCCAAACAGUUCUCUUUUUUUGGCUUUUAUGCUUUUGUUGUACAAAACAAACUUUGAAACUCUUUGAAAACAAGAAAAACAGGAUUUAAAAUUAUUUGAACAUAUCAAUUCAGAUCGAUUUGAUUACAUUUUAUUUGUAUAGUGCCAGUUCAUAGUAAAAAGUUAUCUCAGGACACUUAGGUAAGUCUAGACUGUAGUCCUUAUAAUCUUUUUUACAGAGACCCAACAGUUCCCACCAUGAGCAAGCACUUGGUGGCGGCAGCAAUGAAAAACGUCCUUUUAAGAGGCAGAAACCUCGGGCAGACCCUUUUUGUUUAUUUAAAUUGAAAACUGUUAUAUUCAUAUGCAUGUCCAGUAUUUUGUCAAACUAUAAAUUACAUGCUGAAUAAAUUACUUUAUGUAUUUAGCAGCUGUUUUCAUGGUACAGUGCUAUGUAAGCAGCUACUUAAGUGAGUAUAGAUUUAUUGAUGUUUUAUACAAGAUAGUUGUUUGUUUUGUGUAUUUAGUGUAAGUGAGCACAAUUUUAGAUGUCACAACAUGUAACUGCAGGCCUGACAAACACUUUUUGAGCCAUUGCUUAAAUGUUUUUGGUUUAAAGGUGAACGUCUUGCAUAGACAAACAAGAAUGCAGCUUUGUAUUUUUAGAAUGCACGUGGUGCAAGUCAGUAUUUAUAUCUGCUAUCUUAGUGUGCUUUUGCCUGUAAAUAUUCUGUUGCAUUAGUUAUUCUACCUUUUGUUGAAAAUAAAAAUCUGUCUGAAGCCACAAAA